AUGCUCGGGGCAGUUUUGGACGCUCCUCAGUGGCUGCUGAAGAAGGGGAGAGAGUCCCGGAAGCUGGUGUUGCUGGUGGUGUUUGUUGCUCUGCUCCUGGACAACAUGCUGCUCACUGUGGUGGUUCCCAUUGUGCCCACCUACCUAUAUGCCACAGAGUUCAAAGUCAACACUUCUCUGUACCCUGGGCCCACCACAGCUUCCCAGCCUGCCCUCACUUCUGCCUUUUCCACCAUCUUCUCCUUCUUUGAAAACAACACCUUGGCUAUCGAAGAAAGUGUGCCCAGUGGCAUAGCAUGGACAAGUGACACUCCCGGCACCAUCCCGCCUCUGGUCACCGAAGCCAUCCCAGCCCAUGAAAACAACUGCUUUCAAGACACAGAGUUCUUGAAGGAAGAGAACACGUGGGUUGGGCUUCUGUUUGCUUCCAAGGCUCUGAUGCAACUUCUGGUCAACCCAUUCGUGGGGCCUCUCACCAACAGGAUUGGAUAUCACAUUCCCAUGUUUGCUGGCUUUGUUAUCAUGUUUAUCUCCACACUUAUGUUUGCUUUUUCUGGUACCUAUACCCUGCUCUUUGUGGCCCGAACUCUUCAAGGCAUUGGAUCUUCAUUUUCAUCUGUUGCAGGUCUUGGGAUGCUGGCAAGUGUCUACACUGAUGACUGUGAGAGAGGGCAGGCCAUGGGCAUUGCCUUGGGGGGCCUGGCCUUGGGAGUGCUAGUGGGAGCUCCGUUUGGAAGUGUGACAUAUGUAUUUUGGGGGAAGAUUGUACCCUUCCUCAUCUUGGCCUUCCUGGCACUACUGGAUGGAGCACUCCAGCUUUGCAUCCUACAGCCUUCCAAGGUCUCUCCUGAGAGUGCCAAGGGGACUCCGCCCCUCACACUUCUCAGAGACCCUUUUAUCCUGGUGGCUGCAGGAUCCCUCUGCUUUGCCAACAUGGGGGUGGCCAUGCUCGAGCCCACACUGCCCAUCUGGAUGAUGCAGACCAUGUGUGCCCCUGAGUGGCAGCUAGGUCUAGCUUUCCUGCCUGCCAGUGUGUCCUACCUCAUUGGCACCAACCUCUUUGGAGUGUUGGCCAACAAGAUGGGUCGGUGGCUGUGCUCUCUGAUUGGGAUGGUGGUAGUAGGUACCAGCUUGCUUUGUAUUCCUCUGGCUCAUAAUAUUUUUGGUCUCAUUGGCCCCAAUGCAGGGCUUGGCUUUUCCAUAGGCAUGGUGGAUUCCUCUAUGAUGCCCAUCAUGGGACACCUGGUGGACCUGCGCCACGCCCCGGUGUACGGGAGUAUCUAUGCCAUCGCUGACGUGGCUUUUUGCACGGGCUUUGCUCUAGGCCCAUCCACUGGGGGUGCCAUUGUGCAAGCCAUUGGCUUCCCCUGGCUCAUGGUCAUCAUUGGGGUCAUCAACAUCAUCUACGCUCCUCUCUGCUACUACCUGAGGAGCCCCCCAGCCAAGGAGGAGAAGCUUGCAGUUCUGAGCCAGGACUGCCCCAUGGAGACCUGGAUGGACGCAGCCGAGAAGCACAUGAGGGAAUUUCCUCUAGGGGAGGACAGCGAUGAGGAGGAGCCUGGCUGUGAGGGGUAG